UCCAUUGUGCAAAAAAGGUUGCCACCACGGUCCACGGCUCCAUUUUUCUCUCUCUCUCUCUCUGUGAAGCAGAAAUGGAUAUCAGCGAGGAACUGAGGGCGGCUCACAAGCGAGAGUUCUUGGAGUUCUUGGAUCAAGAUGUAGGGAAGGGAAUAUACAUGGACGAGAUCAGGGCCAUGAUAAACCACAAGCGCCGCCGCCUCAUCGCCAACAUCUCCGAUCUCCACUCCUUUCGCGACUUGGGCACCAGGAUUCUCAAGAAUCCAAGUGAAUACAUGCAAUCCUUCUGUGAUGCGGUCACAGACGCUGCUAAAUCUAUUGAUCCCAAGUACUUGAAGGAAGGAGAGCACGUUCUUGUGGGGUUUGAAGGCCCUUUCGUAUCUCGCCGUAUCACACCAAGAGAACUUCUUUCUGAAUUCAUUGGCUCCAUGGUCUGCGUCGAGGGCAUUGUCACGAAAUGUUCUCUUGUAAGGCCAAAGGUUGUAAAAAGUAUUCACUUUUGCCCCACAACUGGAAACUUUACUAGUCGUGAAUAUCGAGACAUUGCAUCUAAUGUUGGUUUGCCCACCGGGUCUGUGUAUCCUACAAGGGAUGAAAAAGGCAACUUAUUGGUGACUGAGUAUGGAUUGUGCAAAUACAAAGAUCAUCAAACCUUGUCAAUGCAAGAAGUACCAGAGAAUUCUGCUCCUGGUCAGCUUCCACGAACAGUGGAUAUCAUAGUUGAGGAUGACCUGGUUGAUUCAUGCAAGCCUGGAGACCGUGUGGCUAUAGUAGGGAUAUAUAAAGCUCUUCCUGGUAACAGCAAGGGAGGUGUAAAUGGAGUAUUCAGGACUGUUCUCAUAGCUAACAAUGUUUCUCUGCUCAACAAAGAGGCAAAUGCACCAAUAUAUAGUCCUGAAGACUUAAAAAAUAUUAAAAAAAUAGCCGAGAGAGAUGAUGCAUUUGACCUACUUGGUAAUUCACUUGCACCCUCUAUAUAUGGGCAUUCAUGGAUAAAAAAAGCAGUGAUAUUAUUGAUGCUCAGUGGAGUGGAAAAGAACCUAAAGAAUGGUACCCACUUACGAGGAGACAUUAACAUGAUGAUGGUUGGUGAUCCCUCUGUUGCUAAGUCUCAACUUCUAAGAGCAAUUAUAAAUAUUGCACCCUUGGCCAUAUCAACUACUGGUCGGGGUUCUUCUGGUGUUGGCUUGACCGCUGCGGUUACUUCAGAUCAAGAAACAGGAGAAAGAAGGCUAGAAGCUGGUGCAAUGGUUCUUGCUGAUCGAGGUGUUGUCUGCAUUGAUGAAUUUGACAAGAUGAAUGAUCAAGAUCGUGUUGCUAUACAUGAAGUUAUGGAGCAGCAGACUGUAACUAUUGCCAAAGCUGGUAUUCAUGCAUCACUGAAUGCUCGAUGCAGUGUGGUGGCUGCCGCAAAUCCCAUAUAUGGAACUUAUGAUCGCUCAUUGACGCCAACGAAGAAUAUUGGACUCCCAGACUCCUUGCUUUCUCGUUUUGAUUUAUUGUUUAUAGUAUUGGAUCAAAUGGAUCCUGAUAUUGAUCGUCAAAUCUCAGAGCAUGUCUUGCGCAUGCACCGCUUUCGUUCUGCAAUUGAUGGAGGUGAAGCAACACUUGAUGGGAGCUCAAGAUAUGGAAGAGAAGAUGAAGCUGAUACUGACUCUGUCUUUGUCAAGUACCACCGAAUGCUGCAUGGGAAGAAAACAGAAAGGGGUCGAAAGCGUGAUACCCUUACCAUCAAGUUUCUUAAAAAGUACAUUCAUUAUGCAAAGCAUAGGAUACAGCCUGACCUGACUGAUGAGUCAUCUGAACAUAUUGCAACAGCAUAUGCAGAGCUUAGAAAUGCCAAUUCAAAUACAAAGACCGGAGGGACACUUCCUUUCACCGCAAGAACCUUGGAAACCAUAAUACGCCUCUCAACUGCUCAUGCCAAGUUGAAGUUGAGCAGAAAGGUUUCAAAGUCUGAUGUUGAAGCUGCCCUGAAAGUUCUGAAUUUUGCAAUCUAUCAUACGGAACUGACUGAAAUGGAUGAGCGUGAGCAAGAAAGGGAUAGAGAAUUAGAGAGAAAACGUAGAGUUGACCAUCAAUUUGGUGGAAAUGAUAGAGUCCCUCAUGUUGGUAAAAGAGAUAGACCUGACAGUGGCACUUCUGACAAAGAAGGUCCAACAGCGGAUGCUAUGGAAGUUGAUGACCCUCCUGCAGCCCAGUCUGCUGUUUCCCAGGAAAGAAUAGAAGCAUUUAAUUCUUUAUUUGGUCAGCAUAUGAGGGCAAACCGCUUGGAUCUCAUAUCCAUUGCAGACAUAGAGAAUGUCAUUAACUCUGUAUCGGUUGUCCGUUAUUCAAGGACAGAGAUCAUAUCCCUAUUAGAGAAACUUCAAGAUGAUAACAGAGUGAUGAUAGCUGACGGAAUGGUGCAUAUGAUAUCAUAAAUUGUAAUAAGACCAACCUCAAUUCCAAAAUUCAGGCAGGGAGAGUGGAAUUGGGCAGCCAGCAUGGUCAACACUUAUAGAGGAUAAACAUGGCAUGAAAGAGAUUCGUAUGAGGACCUGACGGAUUUCCUAGGUGUUAGCUGUGUCAAACUGAAACGUUAAGAAUGCAGUGGAAUUUCUUUGUAUCCUUACUUUUUUUCUUCUUAUUUUCUUAUUUUUUUUUUUUGAUUUAUGAAGUUACAAUGUCUAUAUUGGAAAGUAAUGAGAAAAUUUGGUACUUUUCCAUGCA